GAAGGCAGCGUUUCCCAGCACUUGAACUUUGAGGGGAGAACCUGGAACCCAGGGAGCAUGUUUGUGGGAGGGCCCCAGGUGACCAUGGCUGACCGAGCGGCCGCUGAGAGGGCUUGCAAAGACCCCAACCCCAUCAUCGAUGGCCGCAAGGCCAACGUGAACCUGGCAUAUCUGGGAGCCAAGCCUCGGAGCCUCCAGACGGGCUUUGCCAUCGGUGUGCAGCAGCUCCACCCUGCCUUCAUCCAGCGCUCCUACGGGCUGACUCCACACUACGUGUACCCGCAAGCCAUCAUGCAGCCUGGGGUGGUCAUCCCGGCUGCACCUGUCCCACCGCUGUCCUCGCCCUACAUCGAGUAUGCGCCAGCCAGCCCGGCCUAUGCCCAGUUCACGCCGGCUGCCUAUGACCAGUACCCCUACGCCGCCUCACCUGCCGCAGCCACCGGCUUCGUGAGCUACGGCUACCCGGCUGCCGUGCCUCCGGCCCUCUCGGCCCCAGCUGGCACCGCCUUCGUGCAGUACCAGGCGCCACAGCUGCAGCCCGACAGGAUGCAGUGA